AUGGGCGCAGGUCUUGCAGCUGCCAGUGCCGGUGCCGACCAAGAUACUUCCUUUGCACGUUUCCUCAACCCCAACAGGAAGUGGCACAACAACAAGCGCAUCAUCAUCCUCCAUGCCUGGAUCGCUCUCCUUUUGAUCACCUCUUCAACUAGCGGUUAUGAUGGUAGUAUGAUGAAUGGUCUCCAGUCUCUGCAACAAUGGCAGGAUGACUUUAACCACCCGUCAAUGGGAAGACUGGGUCUUCUCAAUGCCAUCCAGAAUAUUGGCGCAUUGGCAGGUUAUCCUUUCGCCCCUUACCUCUCUGAUGGUAUAGGCCGCCGCAAGACGGUCUUUUUUGGUGCAGCCAUCAUGCUUGUUGCCACAGCGUUGCAAACCGCUUCUCAGUCAGUUGGCAUGUUUAUCGGCGCUCGGUUCGUGAUUGGCUUUGGGUUGACCUUUGCUGCUAAUUCUGCGCCAAUGCUUGUCACCGAACUGGCGUAUCCAGAGUAUCGGGCUCCUCUGACAUCCUUGUUCAAUUCCCUUUGGUACUCCGGCGCAAUUAUUGCAGCUUGGGCUACAUAUGGGACAUUCAGGAUCAACAAUACGUGGGCAUGGCGUCUGCCAUCCUUGUUGCAGGGAGUACCUGCGGCUUUGCAGUUUUCAUUGGUCCUCUUCUGCCCAGAGUCUCCUCGUUGGUUAGUUAGUAAGGGUAGAGAUGCCGAGGCACUCCGUACCUUGGCUUACUACCAUGCCGAUGGUGACGAGCAGGAUCCUCUCGUUCAGCACGAAUUCCAAGAAAUCAAGGCUGCCAUCGAAUUUGAUCGUAACGUUGCUGCCAACGUCGGUUGGAGGUCUCUCAUUGCCACCCGGGGAAAUCUCAAGCGCAUGCGAAUCAUCGUCGCGCUCGCCUUCUUUUCACAGUGGUCUGGAAACGGUAUCAUUUCGUACUACCUGAACGAGGUUUUCACUCAAAUCGGCAUCACGGAUUCGGGCACUCAGUUGCUCAUCAACGGUGUCCUGCAAAUUUGGAAUCUGUUCUGGGCUGUCCUCGCUGCCUUCAUGGUUGAUAGACUCGGGCGUCGAUUCCUUUUCUUGUCCUCUGCCGCUUUGAUGACCUUUUUCUACACCGCGCAAACCAUUUGCUUUGCGGAAUAUACUAAGCAUGGAGUUUCCGCCGCUGGUCAAGCCGUCGUCGGCUUUGUAUUCUUGUUCUUCGCAGCCUAUGACAUUGCAUUUUGUCCCCUCGUUGUUUCAUACACUGUCGAGAUUCUUCCAUUCUCUCUGCGUGCGAAGGGUUUCAAUGUCUUCAAUUUCGUCAUUUCCGUGGCCCUCGUCUUCAACCAAUAUGUCAACCCCAUCGCCCUUGAUGCUCUUGGGUGGAAGUACUACCUCGUUUAUGUUUGUUGGUUGGCAUUUGAGUUCGUGUUCUUGUGGGCCUUCCUAGUGGAAACCAAAAACAGAACAUUGGAGGAGACCGCAGCCAUUUUCGAUGGUGAAAGUGCACUUGAGAAGAUAACACACGGAGAGACAGCCCAAGAAACCCCCGAUAUUUAUGAGAAAUCAGUGCAGAAGGCGUAAAGUGUAUUGCUGCGUACCUCACACCUUCCUUUAAUUAUUUCCUUGUCUCAUGAAUUUUCUUGUG